AUGGUUAUUUGCUAUCGAAAGCCAAUAAUAAUGAAUGAUAGAAAUCUGGAAAAUGUAGAAUGGUGCCAAAGUCCAUAUAAAGUCCAAAAAAUUAAAAAAUCUAUUAUGCAAUAUAGUAGCUCUGAUGCCUUCAGCAAUCUGCAUCAGUACUUUUUCAGUGUGACAGAAUCCAUGGAAGGUAUCAACGUGGUAGUCUCCAUCAGCGUCCAGUCUAACCAGAUGCCACUUUUUGAAGUAUACCACUCUUCUGUUCUCCACAAGGCAUGGAAUCCAAUGCAUUUUAAAUUGACACGUCCUCUCUAUGGAGAGUUUAUUAGGUCCAACUGGAAUUACACAGGAUACUUCCACCUGGACUGUGGUACCUAUGUGGUGGUCCCCACAAAUGACAGAGGAUUGAACUUUUACCUUCGAAUAUUUCUGAAACAUCAGAAUACCAACAGGGAUCUACUUGGAAACUUCAAAUUGAAGAUUUUUAAGGAGAAUCUUCUACAAGACCAGAAUUAUGAGAGCAUUUUCAACAGAUAUGUGCAACAGGGUACAGAUAUUGAUGCCUCACAGCUACAAAGCCUUCUCAACAAAGAACUCCUUAAAAAUAACUCUUCUGAAUCCCUAGGAAGAAACUUCACCUUUGAUGAGUGCCGAAGUAUUGUGGCUCUGAUGGACGUUGAGGUCAAUGGACAUCUUGACCUAGAAGAAUUUGAGCAGCUAUGGAAGAAACUUCUUCAAUAUCAGGACAUUUUCCGGAAAGUAGAGAAGAAUGGCUCUGGAUACCUCAUGGGUUCAGAUUUGAUGAAAGUGAUAAAAGAAUCAGGACUAUUCAUAGGUCCUGCCAUUAAUGAUGAGCUGCUAAACCUCAUGGCCAUUAGGUUUGGAGAUGGAGCUGGAAAAAUAUAUUUUGCAGACAUGAUUUGUUUCCUCAUUCGACUUCAAAUCAAGUCAAGGGAUUUUCAUAUACUCUCAAAGGAUGGGAAAGGACUCUACUUGACUGAAACUGAGUGGAUCAAGCUCACCAUGUAUUGCUGAGAUGUUGAUCAAGCCUUACAGAGAAGAUACAAAGUUGACUUAGACUUCUUUCCAAAAAUAUGCAUCCUUUUGUUCACCUUCUCCCCAAUGAUUAUAGGAUUCCUUCUCAGGGAGCAACAGCAAACUAGCUGCCCAAGUCCACACAGUAAUCAUGUGGUUGGCUGGACCGCCACAAUGAGGAACCAAAGCUGCAGAUCUAGAACAAUAAUAAUAUACCCCAUGAAAUAUGACAAAUUAUUUUAAAGUGAUUUGUUAACUAUUAUAAAUAGUUGGGAUUGAAAUUUUAGGGGUAUAUGAGUAAUAUAUCAAUCAAAGGAAAGGAAAUCUUUUCUUUUGCUCAUUUUCUGUCCGCCCCCUGCCACCUUCUAGACAAUCUCAGAAACUUUGCUGAUCUGCCAACCAUCUUCAUCUCUGGAAAUUCUGCCCUAGUGUUCCUAAUAGUCUGAGUGAGGAUUAUCUCUCCUAGCCCAGUAUUUUAAGAAAGCUUCAACCAUGCUUCACUUCACUGCCUUCUCUCCAAUCAUAUUCUCAACAGUAUCACCAAGCACUUUGUAGCCCUGGUACCCUUUCCAAUCUAUCACCUUUAGUCUGGAACCAUGAUUAAAUCAUCUCUGCUUUUACUGCUAGAGAGAUAUAAAAAUCUAUUCCAUUAUGUCUCCACCUGACAUCCCAGUAUAUUUCCUGAACAAAAUGUCUCUCCUUAGUUACCACAGCCCUAUGUGUGUUGAUUACAUAUUAAAACGUAAACUUGAGAAAAGGAACUGUUUUGUGAAUUUGCAUUCCUAGUACCUAGCAUACUGCAUUACUUAAUAAAAGCUACAUCACUGCA